GCUCAUCAUAACGUAGUCGCUGUCGAUUUUGUGCAUUUAUUUUAAAAUAAUGGCAUUGCCAUCUUGAUCGCAGUCAGUUUCUGUAUGUUUAAUUACAGUAACAUAUGUAUUAAGUUCGUGGAGUUAACCGCUAUCGCGUUAUUUCUAUUUGGUAGUAAGUAGUUGAGUGCGUUACGUUUUCGCUCUCUCAGCACAAUGGGAGUUCAAUAACAACGAUUCUUCCCCUCCUAGAGACUGCAUCUGCAUCGCGUAUCACGUACGUUCAUCUGGCCAUCGGCACUUUCUCUCGCUGAUGUUUUACGAGAUUGCCUAACUGAGUUGUGCAAAGACUGGCCGGGUGGCUUAGUGGAUGUUUGGUAACGGUAGACUGUGGACCGUGAGACGGUAAUCGUGUGAAUGUGCGGGUGUGUCGCGUAACCGCGAGACCUCAGCUGCAGUGAGUGUGAUGAGUGAGGGUGCGUGAUGGUGGAACGCGAGGGAAUGCGGCGCGGCAGCGGCGGAGGGUGCGGCUGGGGCGGAGGCGUGCUGGGCCGCUGGUCGCUGCGCCGCCUUCUGCUCGAUAGCCCUCUUGUGGGCAGAAGACUAGCACAUACAGUUCUGGAUCAGGGCGACAGUAGGCCGGCAAAACAGAACGUGGUGGAAACAGCAAAUAAGCAACAACAGACCGUCGAAUUUAUCGCCGAAGACGAAGAGGGCGACGUCCUAGAAUGCCCACUAUGCCUGACAAUAUUCGCGGCAAGCGGCAUGGUGCGGCUGGCGUGGUGCACGCACCGCAGCUGCGAACCCUGUCUGCGCCAGUACCUCGCCAUCGAGAUCUUCGAAGCACGAGUGCCUGUAUCCUGCCCUGUCUGCCACGAAAACAUGCACCCACUUGAUGUACGUAGAAUCGUGGACAACCCGGUGCUAUAUGACAAAUAUGAAGAGUUCUCAGUGCGACGCGCGCUUGCCGCUGACCCUGACACCAGGUGGUGUCCCGCGCCAGAUUGCAGUUUCGCGGUAGUGGCAACGGGGUGUGCAUCCUGCCCGAAACUAACGUGUCUAGCUCCGGGGUGUGGUGCGUCCUUCUGCUACCACUGUAAGGCGGCGUGGCACCCGACACAGACGUGUGACGCGGCGCGCCGCAGCCGACAGCCGCCGCCGCGCGCGCCGCAGCCCUCCCAUGCUGAUUUCGAUCAUGGCGAAGUCAAACCGUGCCCGCGGUGCUCGGUGCUGAUCGUGAAAGUGGAGGAUGGCUCGUGCAACCACAUGGUGUGCUGCGUAUGUGGAGCAGAGUUUUGUUGGCUAUGCAUGAAGGAGGUCUCGGACCUGCACUAUCUUAGUCCGAGCGGUUGCACAUUCUGGGGCAAGAAACCGUGGUCACGCAAAAAGAAGCUGCUCUGGCAGCUAGGCACAUUAGCGGGCGCACCGCUCGGCAUCGCCGUCGUGGCCGGAGUGGCGUUGCCCGCGUUGCUGGUCGGACUGCCCUUAUGGGCCGGUCGCCGCGCGCAUCGCCGCCUGAGGAGACACACGCCCGCGAAGCGACGCGCUGCUGUCGCUGCCGCCGUUGCCGCUGCGUUGGUAGUAUCACCGCUGGUGGCUGGGUUGGCGGUGGGCAUCGGCGUGCCGAUUUUGCUGUUCUACGUAUACGGCGUGGUGCCGGUGUCGCUGUGCCGCGCCGGAGGCUGCGGCGGGGGCCCCGCGCCCGGUCCUCCCACUCCCUUCGACGAUGAUCGCGAUGGGCCUGCCGAUCAUGAUGCCGUUUCUAGAAGGCUCGAACCUAGCAUCGGCGACGCGUCGCUGUCGGCGGGGUCGGCGCAGGUGGAGGCGCGCGCCGCGUCGCUGGCCGCGCUGGCGGGGUCGCUGGGCGGGCCCGAGGCGGCGUCGCCGGGCGCCACGCGCGUGGAGGUGACGGCGCUGGUGGCGGCGCCGGCGCCCGACGCGCACAGCGCGCACAGCGGCCACAGCGCCCACAGCGCCCACAGCGCGCGCUCGUGGCCCGAGGACCUGCCGUCCACGUCGGCGCGCUCGGCGCGCCUGCGCUCGCUGUUCCUGUACGGCUCGGCCGUGCCGCCCGACCCCGAGGCCGGCCCGUCGGCGCCGGCGCCCCCGCCCUCGCCCCCGCCCCCGCUGGCCGUGCACGUGUCCAGCGCGUGCGAGACGGGCCGCGCGCCCGCGCCCGCCGCCUCCUAACCCGCUGCGGCGCCGCUCUAUCCGAUGUUUGUGAUACUUUCAAUAAUAACUACUAUUAAUGAUCUAAAUUAUUUAAUUUUUCACGUUUGUAGGCGAAAAAGUAAUCGUAAGCGAUAUUGUAUGUUAUGUGAAUCGUAUAAAACUAAACUUAAGGAUUAAAAUGUGAUUAUUAUAUCUAGUCGUUGUUUC